AUGGAAGUACUCGCAAACGCCGCUGUGGCAGAAAUCUGCAAACUUGUUGAGGACAGCUAUACUGAAUUACAGCUUGAAAUAUCUCAAACACAGAAGGAGAAUAACCUCCUUAAAAAGAAACUGAGAGUGCUAGAAAUCCGAGAUUCGUUUUACAGAAGAGCCCGCAAACAGAGAAACCAAUCAACUGCCUUGACAAAAACAGGUGUUCACGAAAAAGCAUCAGGGCGAAUUAGUGUCAAAAUUGCUUCCCUGUGUAACGAGGGAAGGGAUGAAGAUGAAGAUGAAACUCGAUCCGGUAAAGAUGACAACCAGUACAGGAGUGCAAGAGUAUUUGUAACAGUCCACAGAGAAAAAUUCACAGACCAGAACACAGUCCAGCACUGCCAUCAAGAGUCUGUAGAAGACGACGAGCCAGAUGUUCUCAUUAUUAAAGAGGAGAGACCUGACAGCAUGAGGUGUGAACAAUCAGAAAGAGAAACCGAGACUAAUGAAAACUAUGACACUAGGUACAGGAGUGCAGGAGUUUUCGUAACAGUCCACAGAGAUAACUUCAUAGACCAGGACACGGUCCAGCACUGCCAUCAAGAGUCCAGUGGAAUGCAACCUGAUCUCCUUGAGGACGAAAACCCAGAAAUGAAUGAUAUAGGUGAAGAUGCAGGGACUAACCUGCAGCCUGUCCCUUCCUAUCCUUCAUUGGUUUCCAGGAAAUUUGACAGGACCACGAAUCAUACCUCCUAUACUGAAUCUGAAUUCAAUGGAGGACCUUCUUUGAAUCAGUUUUUGAUGUAUAGAGGGAGCGCAGAUCCCACGUGUUCCUAUGCAGCUCCAAUGGACUCUAAUGGCUUGUCUAUGCCUGAUAUGGAAGGGCAUUUAGCACAUGGCGAUAAAGUUAACAUCAUUUCUCAAUCUGAACGGCCCCCUUUCACCCCGUGCUUUUCUUUCAAACAGUCCGAUUCGUCUCAGAUGCAAAGGAAAGACAAGUUUUUGUGUAAACAUUGUGGAAAAGCAUUCUCUCAACCCAGCACUCUCCUCUUGCAUCAAAAACUUCAUAACAGGGAGAGGCUUCACCACUGUACACUUUGUGGUAAGCGAUUUAGUCAAGCGUCUAGUCUUAAAAGACACCAGAGCAUCCACAGAGGUGAAAAACCAUUCAGGUGCGUGCACUGUGGCAAGCAGUUCGCAGAUCAAAGUAACCUCAAAAAACACGUGACUGUUCACACGGGUGAAAAGCCUUAUGGCUGUAACCUUUGUGGGAAAAUGUUCAACCAGUCUUCAAACCUCAAAACACACAUGAGGAUCCACACACGUGAGAAGCCUUUUGGUUGUGAUCGAUGUGGACAGAUGUUUGCACACAAGUACAUUUUGGUGAAACACCAACAGAGAAUGUGUGUUUCUACUGGACAAUUCUAGACUCCACAAGGUAGAGAAUACUCACUUUGGUAACUAUAAUUAAUUGAAACAUUCAUUUACAUAGAUUCUAAUACUACUGUGCUCAUGUGGCUGAUUACACUGGAAUGGAAGAUGUAUUGGUGCACAAAGUUUUUUUUUCAAGUGAUACAAUGGGAACGGUUUCGUUUUUGGUGGUUAAGAUUUAGUACCUGCAAACCACCUGGUUCCUUUCUGAAAUGCCCACUUUUGAUGAUCCAAGCAAUUCCUAUUACAGGUGCUGGUCAUAUAAUUAGAAUAUCAAACAAAAGUUGAUUUCACUAAUUC